CGACUGGGAAGUGGUGAGCGACUGUAUUUUUGAGUUGAAGAUCGACAGAGAGAGGGAGCACCGCAUGAGUUCAUCGCGAUUGACAUUGAAUCGUUCGUCGUCGUACGCAACAUGGUACGCAGGACCCCAUUGAGAUGUUCGGAACCUUACGCAAAAUUAAUUUGGAUUUUGAUUUCUCCAUAGCACAAUGACGCGAAGUUUUUUCGGGAAGAGAAUAAACUCUUCAACGUCGAAAGUCAUCGACUUGAAAACACCUACGUAAACACCGCUGGAGUACAACGGAGUACGUAAAGAAAUGACAAAAAACGCAAACACGCUGCUGCAGCGGCUGCAGCGCGAGGAUUUCUGUUACACGGAGUUCCCGCAAUCCAUCGGGUUUCAUGUGUUUCAGUUGCGGAUUCUUGUAGUGGGCAGCUUGAUUUGGCUGAUCCUGCUCUCCCUGCUGGGUCUGCUGUUCUGCGUCUCGCAGUUUCUCGCAGACCAGCGUUUGUCUCUGAUUGUGUUGGAGAUGGAAACGUCGCGCAUCCACAAGACUGUGAAGCAGAUGCUCUUCAUGCCGAGCGGCGUCGUCGGUCACCAGGUGGACAUGGGCAUUCGCGCUGAGGCGAUGUUCGAAGAGACAGACCAGAUAGGACUGAAACAGAUUCUGGAAUACGUAUUUCCUUUCUAAGUUUUUCUGUUUUUAUACUUGCACACGCAAUACCUGAGCCUGCUGUUAAAAAUAAGUCCUUCUAUUCCGCGUUGAUAAGUACCCUCCUUUCCCUCCACGGAAUCUAUCAAUCCCGGAACUUCGCACAUCAGGCGUACGACGAGUUUCCGACCCUGCAAGAUGUCCGUCUGGUGUUCAACCAGAAGUCGUUCGGCUACUACAGCAGUCGGCAGGACGGCUUCCAGGCGGACACGGACCGGUGCGCGGACUUGGGGGAUUUCGCCUGUCUAGCCAUCAAUCUGAAGCCCGCGGACCUGUCCUGGUACCGCAAGGGCAUGCUCCUGUUCGACCCGUCCAAGACGAAGUCGAUUUCCUACUGCGACUUUCUGUCUCCCCAGUUCAUCCCCUACUCGGAAAAGUCCGGCAGCCCCCUGCUCGCGCAGCCGCCGGAGCCGACCUUCGAGUGGAACUUCGGGUUUGCGCGGGUCUGCAAGCACGAGUACGCGCACUUGCAGGGGGACAGCGGCCGGGCGUUCGCGGUGUCGAAAACGUUGGUCAACAUGGAGACGUUUCUGAAGGAGCUGGAAAGGCGGGAGACCUUUCUCGGCGGCAGAAUAUACCUUGUGCGAUACGACCUGGAAAUGUCCACAGGUAUUUUUGUUCUGUAGGUUUUUUGCUCGAUGUUGAAUGUAUGAAACAAAUCCAGAGACUCGUCCUGGUUGCAGCCGUACAAGCAGAUCCACGAUUAAAAAUCUAUCAUCUCUCGAACUCUCAGUCGCCGCCAUGACGAACCGUAUCCAGGGGGUCCAGCUCUCGGGCGGCACACUCUCGCCCGCGGGGGAACUGAGUACCGUCACCGAUGACUUUACCGACGAGAUGAUGACGCUGAUCCUCCCCGGCGAGAGCUUUUCCUCCGGCACGAGCCACGUUCUCGUGCGGGAAGUGCGGGACAGCAACGGGAAGUACCUGCUCGGCAUGGUCGUAUGCAUCGCAAAUAUGAUUUCUGGGUCUGGAGGAUUUGUGAUGCAAAAAUUGGAGCAUAGCCGGAUUUGUGUUGCAUGAGGGGGAGCGGCGAGCUUUUUUUGUCGUGCUGAAUUGUACUUCGUGAAGAUGAUGCUCUAAGACGAAUGAAUUCGCUACAAGCCUGAAAAAGAACAUCUAAAGAUGCUCUUAUGCCGCACAAGCGGUUACUCCGCGACACGCGUAUCCGCAACAGAAGUUCAUUAUUCCAGACCCAGACAUGUGUUUGCAAUGCAUAGGCCGGGCCCUUCUACCAGUUUUCCGACUCCGUCAUGAUGCCGAUGCUGGUGGUGCUCCUGAUCCUCUUCUCGCUGCCGUUUCUAGCUUUCGCGGUGGUCCAGGCCGUGAAAUACUACAUCCGGGGGUACAGGAGCGGCAUCCAGUUCCAGACCGUGGAGGAAGUCGUCCGCAUGAAUGUGGCCUUGGCCACGUCCUACAAGCCGGCCAACGCGAACGAUCGCGCGGCGACCCGCACUUUGAACCGCACGGGCACCGCGGAAUCGGUGUCCCCACCCGUUUCGCGAAACGCCGAAACCCGAGCCACCCACGCCAGCUCCUUCGGAAACAUCCAGGGCGGGUUCUGA